AUCCCUCGUCAAAUAUGGCAAAUCUUCUUCUCGCCUCCCCAUGCUGAGGAUCUUGACAAGCGCGCACUUUUUGCGUCCGAGUGGAUCUCAAUGACGCCCGGUUACGCAUACUCGCUGCUCAACACGCUCGAGGCAGACCAAUUCAUCAACACCACCUUCACGUCCCGGCCCGAGAUUGCUCAGACGUAUCAUGCGCUCAAGAAUCCAGGGGCCAAGUCGGACUUCUUACGGUACCUACUCCUCCUCACUCACGGGGGCAUAUACACCGAUCUGGACACGCAGCCCCUCGUGGGUCCCGAGGACUGGCUCCCCGAGCACAAGCGGCGCGAUGCAGCAAUAAUUAUCGGCCUGGAGUCGGACAGCUCGAGGGAUCAUGGUCCCGGCUUCCCAGAUUACCCGGUCCAGUUCUGCCAGUGGACGAUCGCGGCCGCUCCGAAUCACCCCAUCCUGCAUCGCAUGGUCAACCGCACCAUCGAGGCCUUGAAACAUCUGGCCCAGGAGCAAAGGACGACCCUGGACCAGGUGCGCUUAGGCGACGAAGAUGUCUUGCAGCUUUCCGGCCCGAGAGCGUGGUCCGAGGUUGUCUUGGCGGGGAUAAAAGAGCUUGACGCCACUGUCACCGGCCUGUCUGACCUCCAAGGCAUGGACGAGCCGAGGUACUAUCGAGAUAUAGCAGUCAUGCCGGUUCUCAGCUUC